AUGGCAGCGUCACCGGUAGGUUUUGGUUCCGCAAAAACUACAACAGCACAAUAUGCUGAGCUUAUAAAUCUUUUAACAGAUCGUCAAGAUAUUGCUCAUGGAUUUACUAGAAGAAGUAAAGAGGAAGUAAAUGCCUUUUGGGAAUAUGUUUCAUCUGAGCUCAACAAAUUAGGUCCACCCACAAAAGAUACAACAUCAUGGAGAAAAGUAUGGUCAGAUUACAAGAGUUCCGUCAAGAAGAAAUUAAUUCGUAAUAAGAGAAAUAUCGAAAUUACAGAUGGAAGAUUGGGCAAAUUAAGUUUUUUAAGUGAAUUAGAGCAAAAAGUGGUGAAUAUUUCAGGUCUUGAAAAAUACAUUAAAAAUGUUGAUGGUAAAGUUUCGAUAUCAUUUGACGAAAAUAAAAAUGUCAACGAUGAUUAUAUGAACGUAGAUCCACCUUCACCUAAUGAUGAUUUAGACGAUUUAUUGAAUAGAGAUGGAUCAAUUGAACGAUCAAUUCGUGCAGAUUCUGAAGAUAGAAUAUCUCAAUACGAUUCCAAAAUUGAAGAAUCUGUUUCUUUGCUAAAAUCUCAGAUUUCACUACAAAAAAAUGUUUAUGAGAGUUUAGCGAAUUGGUCUAAACAAUCUGGACAAAAUCAAAAGAAAAUCACAAACGAUUUAAAAAAGGUUUAUAGAGGAGUUUACCGCACUUAUCUGGUGCAAAAGGGAACCUUUCGUGAAAUGCAGCGUCAUAACAGAGAAAUGGAAAAAAUUAUGAAAAAGAAACUUGAAAUUAAAGAACAACUCUUGCAACUUAAAAAAUCUAAAAACUAAGGUGGAAAAUCUAAAAUCAUAAUCUGAAAUUUUUAAUUCCUAUAUAUAAAUUUGUAUUGUAAUUCCUCAUAAAGAAAAAUAUCAUCUUUUUAAAAAAAAUGCUUAGGUAUAAUAAAAAGGACUCAUUACUA